AGUUCAGCAGUAGGGUCAAUUGAAUUUGUAGGUGGAAGUUAAAAUAAAUCAUGCUGCUCGAAGUCCUUGUCGUUAUUUUUUCUCUGGUCACGCCGAUUUUGUCAACAUCAACUUUGGUGUCUGUGGUUCAGGUAUUUCGUCAUGGUCAAAGGACUCCUUACGCUCACUAUCCCAAUGACCCUUACUCGGAUUCCACAUAUUGGCCUGUGUCAAGAGGACAGUUAACCAAUGUUGGCAAAACUCAGCACUAUAGACUUGGUCAAUAUACCCGUGAAAGAUACAGCAAUUUUUUACCAGAGGCCUACUCAGAAAAGUUUUUCUCCGCUCAAACGACAGAUAUCGACAGGACCCACAUGUCAGCUCAGUGUAACCUCCUAGGUCUCUUUCCCCCUACUGCAACGGAAUUAUGGAACCCCGACAUAGCUUGGAGCCCCAUUCCCGUUCAUCCUUCAAAUCCAACUGUCAUGAAUUUAUGGUGUCCUGCCAAAAACAGGGAACAAGACAGAGUAUUGAAAAACGAACCGUAUUUUCAGCAUAUUGACAAAACGUAUGCAGAGACGUAUGAGUACCUCACAAAAUACAGUGGUGUCAAUGUUACCUCUGUGAAUGACGUUGCGAUUAUUUACGACUGUCUUUUUAUUGAAAACGAAUUUGGUUACACUUUACCUGCGUGGUCUGAUGCAGUUUUUCCAGAACCAUUGGCAACAUUAUCGGGGUACUCAUUUCAACUUUCUGGAUACGGUACCAAAUUAGCUCGUCUCAGUUCCGGAGCCUUUCUCAAUGAAGUCAUAGAACACUUCGAGAAAAUGAAAGAAAAUUCCUCAGGUGAAUUGUUUCGAAUGUACAGUGCUCAUGACUCCAACAUCGCCGCAAUUCUUUCUGGCUUGAGAUCAUUCAAGCCUCAUUCCCCUUAUUUUGCCAGCACAAUCUAUUUUGAGCUAUGGAGGUCUUUCUUGGGAUCAUACUAUGUCAACAUUUAUUAUAAACAAAAAGAUGUUGUCGAGAAAAUAACUCCACCUGGAUGUCUUCAGUUUGAUUGCAAUCUAGAAAAUUUAAGAAAUCACCUCACUGAUGUCCUCAUUGACAGCGUCACGUUGGAAAAAGAAUGUGUUUGAAUAUCACCCAAAAAAAUGAGCAAAAGCACUAUAAACCAAUAAAAUCGCCUUUAUAGUGGAUAGAGUAGAGGUGAAUCAUAAUACAUUUUCAUUGUAAUAUGUAAUUGAAUUAAACAGUUAGUUAGUCAUAAUAAAAAAAAAUCCAACAA